UCUCCAGCCAUUUUGUUUGAGGUGUUGACAUUCAGCCGUUGAAUUAGAAGAAAUCGCUGAAAUGGGCUCCAAUAUCUUCAUAAAAUAAUCUCGAACUCGAUUUUUUCCCACGUUUUUCGGUAGAAACCAUUGCGGUGUAACUCUUUUAAGCGAUUUACUACAGAAUAUCCUACAUUAAUUGUUAGUAUUAAUUCAGUCUACUCAGACCUGCGUAGAAUCUGAGGACGAGCUAAUGGCGGCGAACGCGACACAGCAAGCCCCGACACCGAGCUGGCCGUAUGGUAUUAAUUCAAGUGGAGAGGGCCAAAUCCAUGAGAACCCAGAAUGGGAAAAGGCCAGACAGGCUCUAGCAUCCAUCAGUAAAAAUCAGAACUCUUCCAAGACUUCACCAACCGACCGUACCACCCAGCCGAUUGGCCAGUAUCAGACAACAGUUACAGAUUCCUCUGCAAUGCCACAACAACAACAACAACAACAGCAGCAGCAGCAGUACUAUCAACAGUGGUAUCAACAGAACCAGCAACAGUAUGCUGGUUACCCAUAUCCCUAUAACUACUACUACCCCAUGUCUCCGUAUGGAGGAGCAUAUCCUCCAGGACAGUAUGGUGUUCCAGGGGGCUACCAGACACCCAAAACCCCCACUGGACAGCCCCCUGUCAUGCCUAUGAUGGAAGAUCAGUCCUCCAGUUAUCCUUCCCAACCUCCUCCUCCUGCAACCCCUCAGCCUCCACCCCAGAGCCCUACAUCCUCUGACCAGCCUCCACCCCCUCCUCCACCCUCCAUACCUCCCCCACCCAAUGCCCAGUACCCUCCACCUCUGUCACAGACCCCCUACAGUCCUAACGGAACCCUGCCAUACAGCCCCACUGAUUCAAACCCCAUGCGGGGUUACAAUCAAGGGCAGAUUCGGCCAGGAUACCAGGGUUAUCAGGGUCCUGGAUAUCAGCCCCCUCAGCAGCAGGGUACAGGACAAGGCCCAUAUGGAGGACCAGGCAGAGUGGAUGCUAAGAAACCAAACAGUAUGAACAAAGGUGGCCACCAGCUGUGGCAACGCAUAACGCAGGCUCCUGGAUCUGGUGCCGUCAAAUUUAAUAUACAAAAGCGUCCAUAUGUCAUGGCCAGUCAAAACUUCCCUCCAGGUGAACAGCCCCCGGGACUGUCUUCCACUGCUGCUGACCCCACAUCAUCUGGGUCUGCAGUUGCAACAUCUACCACUUCAGCAGGAAGUGCCCAGACUCGGCCUCAGGACUGGCCACAGGCAAUGAAAGAGUAUGUGCAGCGCUGUUUUACAGCCUGUGAAUCUGAAGAGGAUAAGGAUUGUACAGAGAAAGUGCUGAAAGACAUUCUGCAGUCAAGACUACAGGAUGGCUCUGCUUACACUAUUGACUGGACUAGAGAACCACUGCCAGAUCUGAAGCCAAAGCAGUCUCGCUGGGAAGUUGUUGCUCAACGUUCUCAGGACAGUGGUUUGGGAAGAGGUGGAGCCACUCGAGGCAGGGGUGGAGCCAGGCUGGGUAACUAUAGGAAUGUCUUUUCUCAAAGAAGCCCCUCCUCCAGCUCCUCCCACUCAUCUUCGUCACGAUCCCCCUCACCUCACAGCCGCAACAGAGGCAGGAGUAGACAUAACCGCAGUGACUCUGGCUCCCAAACAGACAGCAGCAUGUCAAGUGAUCUUCGUAUUCCGUUGUCCCGGCGGCAGCAAAAGGCUGGCCGUGGCCGUGGGGCAGAUAGGGAGCGAGGAAGAGGAGUUGUAGGAGAGAGAGGCAGAGGAAGAGGCAAAGCAAACAGAGGGCGGAGGAAUAUGGAUGAUCCAAGCAGUGGUAUUGGGAAAAAGCGAAAAGGCGGUAAUGCAGGUCUGGACUUUCAUGACCCAAAUCGCGAAGCCAAGAAGCAGAGCCGAGCUGCACGCUUCCACACUAAACUACGCACUGAGCCCCUUGUAUUAAACAUCAACGUCUUUGACCUGCCCAAUGGCUCCCAGGAAGGACUCAGCUGGGACGACUUCCCCAUUGUCGGCACCUGCCAGGACAUCACCAAAAACUACUUGCGCCUCACCUGUGCCCCCGACCCAGCAACUGUCAGACCUGUACCUGUGUUGCGAAAGUCUCUGACUGCAGUUAAAACUCAUUGGAAAACAAACCAGGAUUACUUGUAUGCAUGUGAACAAAUGAAAUCAAUACGACAGGACCUCACUGUUCAAGGUGUGCGUACAGACUUCACAGUGGAGGUCUAUGAGACACAUGCUCGUAUCGCUCUGGAAAAGGGUGAUCAUGAAGAGUUCAACCAGUGCCAGACCCAGCUGAAGGCCUUGUAUAAGGACUGCCCGUCGGACAACGUUGGAGAAUUCACCGCCUACAGGCUUAUUUACUUCAUCUUUACUAAGAACUCUGGAGACCUUACAACUGAGCUUGUGUACCUGACCCCUGAGCUUCGUGCUGAUCCAUGUGUAGCCCAUGCUCUUGAGCUCCGUACAGCCUGGGCGCUUGGAAACUUCCACCGGUUCUUCAAAUUGUAUCGUCAAGCUCCGCGUAUGACUUCUUACCUUAUCGACAAGUUUGCAGAGCGUGAAAGGAAGUUGGCGCUGAGGGCCAUUCUUAAAACGUUCAGGCCCUCUGUGCCAGUGGAGUAUGUGCAGUCCAGCUUGGCCUUCCCAGAUUUAGACUCAUGUUUAGAAUUUCUAACUGGGCUUGGGGUUACAUUCAUCCCCUCUGACCCUAGCAAAAUAGAUUGUAAAGUCAGCUCAGCCUGUCUGUCCACCUCCUAGUAUCGGGAAAAGGGGAGGGCAAGGGAAUUUUCACUUAUAGAGCAUAAAAGUCCACAGCCUAUUGAAACAGACUUUAGAGAAGGGACCAGAUAUCCGCAUAACAGACACACACACACUUAGUUUAUAACUUAUAUUUGUAAGAGAUCUCUAUUUCUAACUCUUGUAGAGUGAAGGACUUUCUGACUAAGACGAGCAGUUAAUAGAUCCAUAUACAGUUACUUAGGUGCCAUUUCAAGACCCAUUAUAGCCUGUACACACAGCCCAUUUAGUGACGUAUUUGGCAACAAGGACUUAAUUGGCAGAAUUAGUUUGCAGUUUAUCUCAUCAACAUGGAGCAAAGAUCUGAUGGGGUCAUCUCCGCAGUCAGAGAGUUUCAGACAGCUGAAAGAAAAGACUUAGUCUCCCACACCACAGACCUCAAAGCAUUUUCAAGCUAACAGUGUUCUGUGUUCUCAUGUUUCUCUCCUUUCAAGCAAACAGCCACAAAGCUCAAGACCUGAAAACAACAGCAAUAUGGGAAAGGUUGAAUAAAAUGUGAGCCACUUUACACCGACAGCAUACCAUCUGAUUAAGUCUAUGAGAAGACAAAGGCUACUGCUGCAAGAUGUCUGUUCCAGAACAACCUAAGUUCACAUUGUCAUCUUAAUGGACAUACCACUAACCUUCCAAGUGAGCUGCCUGGCAUUCCUGUGAUUUGCAAGAAGAGGAUGGUUUGUAUGCCCUAUCUUUUUCUUUGCCUGAGAUGUCUGCAGUAAGUGAGUGGAGUUGGAGGUGCUCUGUUAGCUCCUGCAUCACUUCAGCUCUGUGAUCUUCAUGCCAGUAUAGCCCACAAGAUUCGGACUGAGAUAUGUAACAAGAUGAUCACUUCCAGAGAUGCAGAUAGGCCACAUUCCACACCAUCACAUGUCUCCCUCUCACACAGUCUCCGUUCGCCCUACUGCACACGAUAUGGCAUCUCAACACUCAAAAGCUGGGCUUCACUGUCAUAUUGCCCUUAUUUUCUCAACACCCAGGGAGCGCAGCUCAAUGAAAUGGCUGCAGCCAGUCAGUGACUCACAACCUUAUAAAAUGUUCUCCUCUCCAGCUGUGAUCUGAAUAGGCUCAACCGUUUUAAAGUCAUCCUGGUCCAAAUAUGGCAUGCUUACACCACAGAAUUUAGCCACCAGCAGCUUUCCACUGGAGAGUGUCCUCUCAUGCACCACCCAACAUAGAUGGCCCCUACACCCAACAUGCAGUCACCCUGACCAAGUUCAGUCGUUCUGCAGUAAAAGCAAGAUGGCUGUUGCUUCCUGUUUUCUCUUCAGAUGGUGAUCUCAACUCUAUGAGGGCAUUCGCUGUCCUUUUUGGGUUUGGAAACGGAUGGGUUUGUAUGGCUGUGUCCCCCUUGUGCUUUGGCAACAUCCACUUGGUAGCUUAGAAUGUAUGUGUUGCUGGUAAGAAGGACUGGAAAAAGGAUGCUCAGCUUUUUUGCUGAGGUAUUAUCUAAUGUCGAGCAUUUUGUUCAGUAGUGUUAUGUUUUUACCCAGCUGACUGGUUGUAAAUUUAGCAACCUGUGUUAUUGUGAAAUAGGCCCUAAUAUUCCUGUUGCACUCUGCCUCAAGAUCGAAGUAUUAGUGACACCAAGAGAUCUGUACAAAUGAUAUGAUAGAUUAUUUACAGAGUAAUCUAAUGGAUCUGCUUUUUAACUGGAUAUUGCUAUGAUGCAAUAGUAAAUUUCAAAGGUUUAUACAGUAUAAUGGCUAUAAUAUUACAGUCUUGCAGAGAGAAGCAUUGAUGGUGUACCAAUUCAAAGUCGUAUGCUGAAAAUCUAAUGCUCCAUGGUCUGUAAUAGACUAAAAACUAUUGCUUGCAUUGCAAAUAAGCAAGGACCCUUUUAGCAUUUUUGGUGUUGAAGUAAACAGAUUAAUUUAAUGUGGUAAUUUUAAAAUUCAGCCAGCAUGGAUAGGGCUUGGAACUGAAAUGUGUGCUUUAGCAAGAUGGUUUUGCUCAGGGUUGCUAAAAGAGCCAACACUCAUUGGUAAAGUGUGUACAUAUGUGAUAAUGUAAAUAAUGUGCAGAGUGAGAUUUUGUUACUUUCUCUUUAUAUAGUACUUUUGUUUAUUAGCUUUUGUUUGUUUAUACAAUGGUAAGUCAUUUUGAUCCAUACAGAAAUUUUGAUGCCAUUUUUUAAAGAUUUAGUGUAAUGUCUUGUGUGGUGAGCAUGUGCACACUUUGUACAAACAAAUGAAAUUAGUUUGAAAUGUUUAAUUCUUAAAUUGCUUGGUCCCCUGGACAAAACAUAAAAUAAGUUUAAAAAGUAAAGCUCGGGCUGCAGUUAACAUAUACAAACUCAUAAUGAGACAGAUUUCAUGAAUGAAUAAUAUCCCAAAUCUUUCCCUUGUUGGUCAUAACCAAAAAGCACUGGUCACUCUUUCUGUGUCACAUUUAGUUCUUUGUUGCUCUGUUCUCAGCACCUCCCUACCCUGUUUAUCAAUCUUUAUCUUUUCAUCUGCCACCUCUCUUUCCCUCUUCAGCUUUUUCUUGCUAAAAUCAUGCCUUUUAACAGAACCCUGAUCAUGUCCGUUAUGAGAUACCAAAAUAUACAUACAGCAAGAGAAAGAUUUGGUCAAAGUACAAUUUCCACACCUUCCGCAAAUUUUUUUUUUUUUUUUUUUUUUUUUUUUUUUUUUUUUUGGGCGAAAAUGCAUUGAUCCUUUAUUCUGUAACUUCUCUUAACUGAUUUGACUUGAUUUGAGAUCAAAUGAAUACUGAAGGCUGAAAUACAUUGAAGUUGGGGCAACAGUUAGAGCUUUUUAAUCAUAGUUGAGCAGUGCUUUCUUUUUGUUCAGUUGUGUUCAUUUUGACUACUUAAACUCACUUUAUUUGGAUUCUUGUAUUUGAUUGUCCCUUGAUUAACCACUUGAUGAUGAUAAAUACUGGUUGACUGUAAAUGACAUUGCCACACUGACUCUGUUCUCUCCUUCUCAACCUUUUUUUUUUUUUUUUCCAACCCCUCCCACCCCCUGUUCUCCUUCAUUACCAGAUUCUCUUUCUCUUCUUGCAGUCAUGCAAAAUUGGAGCAAAGCAAGAGAUAAAAAGAUGAGGGCAUACUGGAAAAUGGGCAUUGAGACAUCCAGACAUCGGCUUAUUGAGAUUGCUUAUGCCUGUUGUUGUCUGACGAAUCUGUCUUUUUAAGAAAAGCUUGAUUUUGAUUUGCAAUUUUUUUUUAAACUAAUUUCAAAGCCUUUAUACCAGAACAUCUUGUCAGCAUAAAGACCAUUUCAAUGUAUAUAGUCUUGUUCAUAUGCUGUAUGUUCAGUGAUGCCUUGUGUCCAUUCUUCUUAGUGCUUCAUUUUUCUCUGCAUUGGUAGCUGAUUUAUUUUCUGCAAUUUUUUUAUUUAUUUUUUAUUUUUAUUUUUUUUUUGCUGCUGGUUAUUGCUUUAUUGGUUAAGUUUAGGCUUUGUUUUGUGAUAUGGACUGAAUAUAUUUCUAAUGUUUAACUUUGAUUUAAUCUAAGCUGUAGAAUGGCAUACUGGACAUUCCUGGACAUACAGAUAGUUAUAGCCCUUUUGUACUUCUUGUUCCACACCUAAAUUAGAUCUCACUGCAGUGUUAAGGAAAUGGUGCCCAUAAUGCUUGAUUUAUUACUUGAUUUUGGCCUUUAAAACCAAUUUAGUGUCCCAAGCAUUAUCAGUCAUCUAGAAGCCACUAGUUUUCAUAUAUAUAUAUAUAUAUAUAUAUAUAUAUAUAUAUAUAUAUAUAUAUAUAUAUAAUGUAUCUUUAGCUUUUACUGUUGAACUGUUAUAUUUGAUAUGUAUUGUUUUCACAGCUACAUUACUAACAGCUCUAUCUGUCUCUUCAAAUGUUGCCUGUCCUCUUGAACCCCUAAGUUCUUCUACUCUUUCUUAUGCAUCAGGCUCUUUGUUUUUUGGUAAUAUUUGCUUCUGUAAGUGAUGAUCUCUCCCUACUAGAUCAUUUGAACUUCUAGCCAUUUAUUGACUGCUUUUGGUUUCCAUCUAUUUAUUUAUUUUUUAUUCAGCCAUAUAUAUAUACCCUCUAUACUUCUCUUUCUGCCUAUUCCUCUCUCUUUUCUUUGUGUAUUGUGUUCUGUAAUGCAAUGUUGCGAUUGUGGAUUGGUUUACAUGUGGUCAGUGCUUGCCAGUAAGUAUUUCCACAGGACUGUGCUUGCAACUAUUUUUUUUUUCUUUUACAGCUCAUCCUCAAACCCAUGAAGCAAAAAUAUCUCGGCCCUGAUUAAAGCUCCAAAUGUUGUACAUUGGAGUUCACAUUGAAUAUACUGCCGUUUGUAGAUGCUGUACAUAAUGUAUUUACUUUCUUGAGGAAAAAAUAAAGAAUUUAAAUCAGA